CUCCAUUACACCAAGCUCAUUGGCUGGAAAAGACGCACGCAUGCACACAACAACACACAGCGUCCAGCCACAGAUAGCUUUGUGAAGUCACUGAGUGUAGACCAGUGCGAGGUUAUCUACUGACUCAAGAAAGGACUUCACCGUGACUGUGGAAGAAAAACCAGAAGAAUGUCUGACAAAUUGAUUGACUUGGAGGAGACUGCGACCCACACAGGUCCUAAAGGUGUCAUAAAUGACUGGAGGAGGUUUAAGUUGGAGAGUAUGGACCCGGAAAACUUGCCACCUGCAAAAAGGGAACUUCUGAGACAGAUGUCAUCCCCGGGGAGGCCAAAAGAUGACUCCAGAGCAAACCUUAACCGCAAGAUGAGUGUCCAAGAGUAUGAAUUGCUUAAGGAGGAAGAUGCGGGAUGUCUGAAGAAAUACAGGAAGCGCUGCAUGCAGGAGAUGCAUGAUAAACUCAGCUUUGGGCCCAAGUUUGAAGGUGUUCAUGACCUGGACAGUGGCGAGGCCUUCCUAGAAGUGAUUGAGAAGGAACAUUAUAGUACAGUAGUAGUUGUCCACAUCUACAAGGAUGGGGUCAAAGGUUGUGAGGAGCUCAACAACUGCCUUGACUGCCUGGCCACAGAGUACCCAACUGUAAAGUUCUGCCGGAUUGACGCUGUUGCAUCAGGUGCUGCGGAGCGUUUUUCGGACGAGGUGUUGCCCACGUUGUUGGUGUACAAGGCUGGAGAACUUCUGGGGAACUUCCUGGCCUGCACGCAGCACCUAAACGAGGAGUUCUUUGCCACGGAUGUGGAGGCAUUCUUCAAUAGCUAUGGUCUGCUACCAGAGAAAGAGCUGCCUGGCAUGGAGGAUGAAGAAGAAAACGAUGUAGAGUAAAGCAAAGUUUUGGCUCCCCUGGAGAGUACUCUCUUAGAGCCAUGAAAGACAAUUUCUAACAUAAGAAAGUUUUUUUUCCUUUGGUGAAGGUAUAUAGAAAAAAAAUGUACAUUAGCUCACAAGUGUGUAAGUUUUGUCUUCUAAGGGAGGCUUAUUUUAUCCAGUUGGUGAAGAAACUUAGAUAUCCAAGAUUUGGAUGCUCUAAGGUAAGGGUACAGUAAGGUGAGGAGAUAGUGUAUAUUGAUUUAUUUAUUAAUUAAGUAUCACAAAUCACCUCAACUGUACUCAAAGAAAAGCCAAAACCAGUUAUCUAACUCAAGAUUAUUGCAAAGUUUUCUUUUGUGAUUAUAGAAAAUAUAACAUACAGUCAAACUUGUCAAAAUGUGUUAAUUCAAAUGUGUUUUGUAGCAUUUGAUGUUUUGUAUACGUUACACCUCCAGGGUUAGCACAUAGUUACAUCCUCAGAUGUGAUACGAUAUUUAAACACGUGUUUGCUAAACUUCUCUUUGGGGUGGGGGGCUUCUAAAUUGGAAACAAAACUUUAAAGACCUAAACAGAACAGGAACACUUGGACUCAAGAGGCAAAGGUUCUCUGGCCUUGGAACAUUUUUGUGUAAAACAGCUGCCCUGUCCAAGCUGACCUUCAAUUACGUCUCUGGAACUUGUGUAGUGGGAGGUGAAUAUUAUGUUUGGAAUAAACAUGCUUGAGCUUCUG